UGUUUAACGACGCGUGCUAUACACUUGGAGAUCGCCAAAGACCUCAGUACCGACACAUGCUUGCUAUGUAUCCGGAAUUUUAUGAGCAGACGUGACACCCCGGUUCGCAUACGAUCCGAUAAUGCCACCAACUUUAUUGGCGCAGACAAGGAAUUACAGCGGCAAAAUUCCAACUUCGUCAACGGCAAGAUUGCUGAUACCUUAGGGACUGAGCGCAUAGAAUGGAUCUUUAAUUGUCCACUGAAUCCGCAUGUAGGAGGCUGUUGGAAGAGACUAGUGCGCAGUGUCAAACGAUCGAUGGGACACGCACUAUACAAUGAGAACCUACAAGAGCACAGUUUGUAUAGUCUUAUGCGUGAAGCGGAAAAUUUAGUCAAUAGCCGCCCCCUAACACACAUCCCA